CUUAACCACAGAAUUAAUUAUUAUAGUUUAUUAUCGUCUUUCCCCUUUUUUUACGCUUAAACCUAGAAAUUUAUCUUCUGGGAUUUUCUCCGUCGUCAUUUUUUACACUGAUUUGUGUAUCUUCUCUGCUCUGUUUCCGACAGCGGUGUUCGUGUUUUCAUUCGGAUCUGCAAGCCCUUCCCGAUUUUCUCGGGAAACAAACCGACAAAUUUCUGUGGCAGAGCUAGGUUCCUCUGAUCGGAGGAUAGUCUGAUAUUUUCUUCGGAGAAACCUGCGGACCCUGAUCGAGUUUUGCUGAAAAUGUGGGAACUUGAGUAACAGAGGAGUCAGACAAAGCUUGAGGUACUAAGAAUGGCUUGUUGAGUGGGGUUGACAUUCGAAAACUCCAACUAAAGGAAUGGAAACAAGUGAAAGGAUUAGCUCGGGGGUUACCUUUAUUGGGGCUGAAGCUCCAUCGCCUUAUCAUAUGGCCCCGAGGUCAUCUGACAACCAUACCCAGUUUCCUGGUUCCUCUGAUAACCGCAGCCUGUUCCCUGACUCAUCAACGUCUCCCAUGGACGUCUCACUGGUUAGUGCUGGCUCAGUGAAGAAGAAGAGGGGCAGACCUCGUAAGUACGGAGCUGAUGGCACUCCUUUGCCGAUAUCUCCUAGCCCCAUUUCUUCAUCCGCUCCCCCUUUGAAGAAACGGGGAAAAGGCCGACUGAAUGGUCUUGAUAUCAAGUUUCACAAGAGGAUGGGAUUCGAUAUUUCUGGAGAGGGGUUAGCGGGCAGCAUUGGAUCGAAUUUUACGCCUCACAUAAUCACUGUGAGUGUGGGUGAGCAAGGACCGCGAGCCAUUUGUAUUUUAUCAGCAAACGGGUGGAUCUCAAAUGUUACUCUUCGCCAGCCAGACUCAUCUGGGGGUACACUGACUUACGAGGGUCGGUUUGAGAUACUAUCACUGUCUGGUUCGUUCAUGCCCACAGAAAACCAAGGGACAAGAGGUAGGUCAGGUGGAAUGAGUGUCUCUCUGGCAAGCCCUGAUGGCCGAGUGGUGGGGGGCGGAGUAGCUGGGCUCCUGAUCGCUGCUAGCCCUGUUCAGGUGGUGGUGGGGAGCUUUCUACCGGGGGGAGAACAACAACAACACCAAGAUCACAAACCCAGGAAGCAAAAAGUGGAAAACAGUCACACUCCUUCAACGGUGAUGUCCUUUCCUCCCGAUAAAGACGAGGCCAUGACCGGAAACGGGCAACAAACCUUUCCUCCUGUCUUGUCUUCCUUUGGUUGGGCCAACGGACAUGACUCCAGAACUUCUGUUACUGACAUUAACGUGUCCGGCUAAAUUUCUGAUGAACAUUUGGUUUCUGAUUAAGGCCAUGCAGUUUCAUGUUAGCGUCAUUUCUUCUUGUCUUAAUCGUUUGUCCUACUAUGUACUUUGUUUUUGGAAAAGAUUUCUCCAAUUGACCGAUUUAUUUAGUAAUGAUAUGAUACCAAAUACAUCCUAA